CUGAGCUGGAUGGAACGACAGCUGCCUGGCCUCGGGAACUCAAGCUGGGCAGUGAGGAGCUGAGUGGAGGCUAAUUUUACUCGCUCGGAGCAGGGAGAGCAAUCCUCCCACCCCCGCUCCCGCCCCUGCCCCAGGCUGGCUCAGCAGAGCAAGCCCAGCCGGCCCAGUCCCCAAGGCGGGGGCAUAGGGGACGCAGGGUAGAGAGGACAGUGGGGUGGGGGAGCAGGGGAAAGUGAGGUUGCCGGGGAAGCCAUGGAGCCGUCCUCGCCCCAGGACGAGGGCCUGAAGAAGAAACAGCCCAAGAAGCCUGUUCCAGAGAUUCUGCCAAGGCCGCCCCGGGCUUUGUUCUGUCUGACCCUCCAGAACCCCCUGAGGAAGGCCUGCAUCAGCAUCGUGGAAUGGAAACCCUUCGAGACGAUCAUCUUGCUCACCAUCUUUGCCAACUGUGUGGCCCUGGCCAUGUACCUGCCCAUGCCUGAAGAUGACAACAACUCUCUGAACCUCGGUCUGGAGAAACUGGAGUAUUUCUUCCUCAUUGUCUUCUCCAUUGAAGCUGCCAUGAAGAUCAUCGCCUACGGCUUCCUGUGCCACCAGGAUGCCUACCUGCGCAGUGGCUGGAACGUGCUGGAUUUCAUCAUUGUCUUCCUGGGGGUCUUCACCGUGAUCCUGGAACAGGUUAAUGUCAUCCAGAGCAACACAGCCCCAAUGAGCAGCAAAGGCGCUGGCUUGGACGUCAAGGCCCUGCGAGCCUUCCGCGUGCUCAGACCCCUGCGGCUGGUGUCAGGGGUGCCCAGCCUGCAAGUGGUCCUCAAUUCCAUCUUCAAGGCUAUGCUCCCCCUGUUCCACAUUGCCCUGCUUGUCCUCUUCAUGGUCAUCAUCUACGCCAUCAUCGGGCUGGAGCUCUUCAAGGGCAAGAUGCACAAGACUUGCUACUUCUCUGGGACAGACAUUGUUGCCACGGUGGAGAACGAGAAACCCUCACCCUGUGCCAGGACGGGCUCAGGGCGCCGGUGCACCAUCGACGGCAGCGAGUGCCGGGGCGGCUGGCCGGGGCCCAACCAUGGCAUCACCCACUUCGACAACUUUGGCUUCUCCAUGCUCACCGUGUACCAGUGCAUCACCAUGGAGGGGUGGACUGACGUCCUCUACUGGGUCAACGACGCCAUCGGGAACGAGUGGCCCUGGAUCUACUUCGUUACCCUCAUUCUACUGGGAUCCUUCUUCAUCCUCAACCUGGUGCUGGGAGUCCUAAGCGGGGAGUUCACCAAGGAGCGGGAGAAGGCUAAGUCCAGGGGAACCUUCCAAAAGCUCCGAGAGAAGCAGCAGCUGGAGGAGGACCUGCGGGGCUACAUGAGCUGGAUCACGCAGGGCGAGGUCAUGGACGUCGAGGACUUGAGAGAAGGGAAGCUGUCUUUGGAUGAAGGUGGCUCCGACACGGAGAGCCUGUAUGAAAUCGAAGGCUUGAACAAACUCAUCCAGUUCAUCCGACACUGGAGGCAGUGGAACCGCAUCUUUCGCUGGAAGUGCCAUGACAUAGUGAAAUCCAAGGUCUUCUAUUGGCUGGUGAUCCUGAUUGUUGCCCUCAACACCCUGUCCAUUGCCUCAGAGCACCACAACCAGCCUCUCUGGUUGACCCAUCUGCAAGACGUUGCCAACCGUGUGCUGCUGGGCCUCUUCACCAUCGAGAUGUUGAUGAAGAUGUACGGGCUGGGCCUGCGCCAGUACUUCAUGUCCAUCUUCAACCGCUUCGACUGCUUCGUGGUGUGCAGCGGCCUCCUGGAGAUCCUGCUGGUGGAGUCCGGUGCCAUGUCGCCCCUGGGCAUCUCCGUGCUCCGCUGCAUCCGCCUCCUCAGGAUCUUCAAGAUCACCAAGUACUGGACGUCGCUGAGCAACCUGGUGGCGUCCUUGCUCAACUCCAUCCGCUCCAUCGCCUCCCUGCUGCUGCUGCUCUUCCUCUUCAUCAUCAUCUUCGCCCUCCUGGGCAUGCAGCUCUUCGGGGGCAGGUAUGAUUUUGAGGACACGGAGGUGCGGCGCAGCAACUUCGACAACUUUCCCCAGGCCCUCAUAAGCGUCUUCCAGGUCCUGACGGGUGAAGACUGGAAUUCUGUGAUGUACAAUGGCAUCAUGGCGUACGGCGGGCCAUCCUACCCUGGUGUGCUUGUGUGCAUUUACUUCAUCAUCCUUUUUGUCUGCGGCAACUAUAUCCUGCUCAACGUCUUCCUGGCCAUUGCUGUUGAUAACCUGGCCGAGGCAGAGAGCCUGACUUCCGCCCAGAAGGCCAAGGCCGAGGAGAGAAAACGCAGGAAGAUGUCCAAGGGUCUCCCAGACAAGUCAGAAGAGAAAAAGUCCAUCAUGGCCAAGAAGCUGGAACAGAAACCCAAGGGUGAGGGCAUCCCCACCACCGCCAAGCUGAAAAUCGAUGAGUUUGAAUCUAAUGUCAAUGAGGUGAAGGAUCCCUACCCCUCGGCUGACUUCCCAGGGGAUGAUGAGGAAGAUGAGCCGGAGAUCCCAGUGAGCCCCCGGCCACGGCCCCUGGCCGAGCUGCAGCUGAAGGAGAAGGCUGUGCCCAUCCCAGAAGCCAGCUCCUUCUUCAUCUUCAGCCCCACCAACAAGAUCCGUGUCCUGUGUCACCGCAUCGUCAAUGCCACCUGGUUCACCAACUUCAUCCUGCUCUUCAUCCUGCUCAGCAGUGCUGCACUGGCCGCCGAGGACCCUAUCCGGGCCAAGUCUGUGAGAAAUCAGAUCCUUGGACAUUUUGAUAUCGCAUUCACCUCUGUCUUCACUGUGGAGAUUGUCCUCAAGAUGACGACCUAUGGUGCCUUCCUGCACAAGGGCUCCUUCUGCCGCAACUACUUCAACAUCCUGGACCUACUGGUGGUGGCCGUGUCCCUCAUCUCCAUGGGACUUGAGUCCAGCGCCAUCUCUGUGGUGAAGAUCCUCAGGGUGCUGAGGGUGCUCCGACCUCUCCGGGCCAUCAACAGAGCCAAGGGGUUGAAGCAUGUGGUGCAGUGCGUGUUUGUGGCCAUCCGCACCAUUGGCAACAUCGUCCUGGUCACCACCCUCCUGCAGUUCAUGUUUGCCUGCAUCGGCGUGCAGCUCUUCAAGGGCAAGUUCUUCAGCUGCACUGACUUAUCCAAGACGACAGAAGGGGACUGCAGGGGCUACUACUAUGUGUACAAGGAUGGGGACCCCACGCAGAUGGAGCUGCGUCCCCGCGAGUGGAUACACAACGACUUCCACUUCGACAACGUGCUCUCUGCCAUGAUGUCCCUCUUCACAGUCUCCACGUUCGAGGGAUGGCCUCAGCUACUGUACAGGGCCAUAGACUCACACAAGGAGGACAUGGGCCCUGUCUACAACAACCGAGUAGAGAUGGCCAUCUUCUUCAUCAUCUACAUUAUCCUCAUCGCCUUCUUCAUGAUGAACAUCUUUGUGGGCUUUGUCAUCGUCACCUUCCAGGAGCAGGGGGAGACGGAGUACAAGAAUUGUGAGCUGGACAAAAACCAGCGCCAGUGUGUGCAGUACGCCCUGAAGGCCCGGCCGCUGAGGUGCUACAUCCCCAAAAACCCAUACCAGUAUCAGGUGUGGUAUGUUGUCACCUCCUCCUACUUUGAAUACCUGAUGUUUGCCCUCAUCAUGCUCAACACCAUCUGCCUGGGCAUGCAGCACUACAACCAGUCAGAGGAGAUGAACCACAUCUCAGACAUCCUCAACGUGGCCUUCACCAUCAUCUUCACCCUGGAGAUGGUCCUCAAGCUCAUGGCAUUCAAGGCCAGGGGCUAUUUUGGAGACCCCUGGAAUGUGUUCGACUUCCUGAUUGUCAUUGGCAGCAUCAUUGACGUCAUCCUCAGCGAGAUCGACACUUUCCUGGCCUCCAGCGGGGGACUGUAUUGCCUGGGUGGAGGCUGCGGGAACGUUGACCCAGACGAGAGCGCCCGCAUCUCCAGCGCCUUCUUCCGCCUGUUCCGGGUCAUGAGGCUGAUCAAGCUGCUGAGCCGGGCAGAGGGUGUGCGCACCCUGCUGUGGACAUUCAUCAAGUCCUUCCAGGCCCUGCCCUAUGUGGCUCUGCUCAUCGUCAUGCUCUUCUUCAUCUACGCUGUCAUCGGCAUGCAGAUGUUUGGAAAGAUCGCCCUGGUGGACGGCACCCAAAUAAACCGGAACAACAACUUCCAGACCUUCCCCCAAGCUGUGCUGCUGCUUUUCAGGUGUGCAACGGGUGAGGCAUGGCAGGAGAUCCUGCUGGCCUGCAGCUACGGGAAGUUGUGUGACCCAGAGUCGGAGUAUGCCCCGGGUGAGGAGUACACAUGUGGCACCAGCUUCGCCUACUACUACUUCAUCAGCUUUUACAUGCUCUGCGCCUUCCUGAUCAUCAACCUCUUUGUGGCUGUCAUCAUGGACAACUUCGACUACCUCACGCGGGACUGGUCCAUCCUGGGCCCUCACCACCUGGAUGAGUUCAAGGCCAUCUGGGCAGAGUAUGACCCAGAGGCUAAGGGAAGAAUCAAACACCUGGAUGUCGUGACCCUGCUGAGAAGAAUCCAGCCCCCUCUGGGCUUUGGGAAGUUCUGCCCGCACCGGGUGGCAUGUAAGCGGCUGGUGGGCAUGAACAUGCCCCUGAACAGCGAUGGCACAGUCACCUUUAACGCCACACUCUUCGCCCUGGUCCGCACAGCACUCAAGAUCAAGACAGAAGGUAACUUUGAGCAGGCCAAUGAGGAGCUGAGAGCCAUCAUCAAGAAGAUUUGGAAGAGAACCAGCAUGAAGCUCCUGGACCAGGUCAUUCCUCCGAUAGGAGAUGACGAGGUGACAGUGGGGAAGUUCUAUGCCACAUUCCUCAUCCAGGAACACUUCCGGAAGUUCAUGAAACGUCAGGAGGAAUAUUAUGGGUAUCGGCCCAAGAAGGACAUUGUACAGAUCCAGGCUGGACUGCGAACCAUCGAGGAGGAGGCAGCCCCCGAGAUCCACCGCACCAUCUCAGGAGACCUGACAGCUGAGGAGGAGCUGGAGAGAGCCAUGGUGGAGGCUGCGAUGGAAGAGGGAAUAUUCCGGAGAACCGGAGGCCUGUUUGGCCAGGUGGACAACUUCCUGGAAAGGACCAACUCCCUGCCCCCCAUCAUGGCCAACCAGAGACCCCUCCAGUUUGCUGAGAUAGAGAUGGAGGAGCUGGAGUCGCCUGUCUUCUUGGAAGACUUCCCUCAAGAUCCAAGAACGAACCCUCUUGCUCGUGCCAAUACCAACAAUGCCAAUGCCAAUGUUGCCUAUGGUGACAGCAACCAUAGCAACAGCCAGAUGUUUUCUAGUGUCCACUAUGAAAAGGAGUUCCCAGGAGAGACGGAGACACGUGCUGCCAGAGGAGGAGUCCUCAUCCAACCUCACAGGACCCUGGGAGCCCACAGCAACCCAUGUGUGCAAAAGCUGGAGGGACAGCCGGCCCAGAGGGUGGUGCCUGGAGGCCAGGCACCUCCUGCCCCCUGCCAGCACCCCAGGGCAGGGCCUCCUGUGCCUGAGGGAAAGAGCUCCACACCAGGGUCUCUGCAUGAGCAAACAGCCCACGACAGGAGCACCGGGGACAGUGCUCCCAGGGGCGCAGCUCCAGCUACAGCCCAGCUGAUCCGAGAGGCUCUGGUUCGAGGGGGCCUGGACACCUUGGCAGCGGAUGCUGGCUUCAUCAUGGCAACAGGCCAUGCCCUGGCAGAUGCCUGCCACAUGGAACCAGAGGAAGUGGAAGUUGCAGCAACAGAGCUACUGAAAGGACGAGAGUCCCCAGAGGGCAUGGCCAGUGCCCUGGGAUGCCUGAGCCACGGGUCUUCCCUGGGCAGUCGGGACCAGCAUCAGGGCUCUCAGGAGACCCUUAUUCCUCCCAGACUGUGAAGCCCGCACAGUAUCAGCAUGGGCUUAGAGCUAGCGUGACCACGGGGAGGGAGAUUGCUGGAGCGAAGAAGGGUCAGCCCACCACGGUGGCCUCCCUCCUUCUCUCCCUCCCUCCCAGCAGCUACAUGCAUGGGCUGAGUGGGGUUGGUCAGGAACCACCUCAGACAGUCAGGAGGAAGUAGAUGACAGGCUCUUCCCCUCACCAGCAAAAGACAUGAUUGGAUGGAGCUUCUAAUGUCAUUCAAAAAGGCCUGGUUGGUGCCAGUGUCUGUCUGGCAGAAGGCCACUCCCACCAGCAGGGCAUUAAAUUCUCCAGUCCUGUGACACCA